AGAGAGCAGAUCUCCAGAAACUUGAGUCCGGUCCACCUCACCACGGUCUUUCUCUUUCCCAUCUCUCUCCUUCCUUCUCCCCCCCAGGCCGACGGGACCAAAAAAGAAAACUUCACAAGAAUGGCUACUCCCCAAGCCGGCAGUCUGGUGACCCAACUGCCCCUACGGCUCCGCAACUUCUUCGCACGCUAUCCUCCGCACAUCUAUUCCGCAGCGGUUCGCCCUCCCCUCCCGACGCCCAAUCUGCCAGCAGCAGCGGUGUCCGCGUCCGCGACCUCACCGGUGCAAUCGAGCGCAGCGGCGACAGUAGCAGCGACGGCCGGGGCACCGACGACGAUCCCCCCGAACACCAACCCCAAGACCACCGCAACAGAACCCAGCAGCAGCAGUAGCACACCGAUCGCAGACGCCAUCUUCGAGUCGUUGCCGUCACCGUACACGCCCAACCGCGACGCCAAGGGCUACAAGCCGGCGGAUCGAUCGGCGUCGAAGGCGCUGCUGUGGACGCCGGCGCGGCACGCGAACCCGUUCCUGCCGCGGAAGGUGUGGACGACCACGGGCAGGCGCUGGAGUGGGCCGAAGUUCGGGCUGCGGCGACAGGCGGAGCUGGUCAAACUGGCCAAGAAGCACGGCGUGGAGGAGCUACUGCCGCCGGGGCCCAAGUCCACCGAGUAUAAGGCCUUGCGCCGCGCCGAGCAGGGCCUUGCCAUCAAGGGUACCGGUGUCGGCCAGAAGGUCAAGGGUCACAAGUGGGAGCGCACCAUGGAGACCCGUCUCGAGGUUCGCCGCAAUGCCAUGCUCGAGAUGCCCGAGAUGGUCCGCUUGUGGAAGCAGAGAGGUCAUGGUCGUGGUUGGAAGCAGUGGCCCAAGCGCCGGCAAUAAACGCUCGCGCUUUUCUCUCUCUGCUUUGGUCGGGUCGGGGGUGUUCGGGACUGCUCGAUUCGCUCCGACCCGGGGAUUUGUUUGGGAUAUAUGGUUGAGUCAUGUUUCAUGGGAGGUCUUUCCAAAGGCCAGGACGGAUCUAUUCUCAGGUCCUACAUGACCAAUCACCCACUCGAGGUGAGGGUUGAGUGAACCUCAUCGACACCGUCGUCAUUGUCAUCGUAUCAUCAUGUUUCGGAACGGGAGUUAUCAGUUUCUUAGGUACUGUACAAAUAGUUACAUUGUUUCUAUACUAUUAAGUCAUGC